CGGAACUUAACAAUGUUACUAGAUCGGCACUUCAAAUAAUUAACUGUCGUGCAUUUCGUUUGCAGUGACAACCAGUAAACAAAAAAGCGGAAAAACCCACAUAUUUGUCUAGAUAAGCUUCUGAAACAUUUUUAUUCCUGUUUACAUCACAGAGAGGAGUAAGGCUUCAGUAUAUAUUACGUGAAAGUUUACCCUAGUUUUACCGUGGAUAGGGAAACAUAAUACUGAUAUUAAUUCAGUUUAAUUUCAUCAGACUAAUUAUAUAUUUAAUCAUGGUGAUCUCAUAAUUGCUUCAAUGAUUUUGAAUGUCUACUCAGAGUCAACGUGAUCGGUGAGACGACUUAUCAAUCAGCUAAACUAUAACCAAAUAUGGCUGCCAUGCAGACGAUAACAGCAGCGACCAGUUCUCUUAUUCUUUCAGUCAUUCUUAUUGUCACACUGACAUCACUAAACAUCGAUGCGAAGGAACUCGACAAUGAUUGUGAAAUUCAAAUUUCUCCCAAUGUCAGUGAGAUUUUAUUUCGUUUAGUAAAAUUAGAAAAAAAGAUUUUCAAUUUUGAAGUUCAUUUAUCUGAUAAAAAAUUUGAUAACCUACUAAACCCUAUACCUUUGGAUUAUUUUGCAAAUGCGAGACAUUUUACCUGGAUUCCAGAUGAACCAGAUGGUUUAAUAGCAUAUAAAAAGUUUUUCUAUGAUUUCUCAAUUCACUCUUUUCAUUUGUUAGAUGUCUACAUUGCUAAUCCAAGGAUUGAUAUCAAUAUACACUGUAGAAAACAAAAUAUCCAGAGACAUGAUUUAAUAUAUUUGAUUUUCGAGGAACUGAAAAAAAUCUUAUUUAUCCCUAAAUUGCAUAAAGGAAAAUCUGGAUACAUGUGUUUUUAUAUAAAUUUGUCUUAUGAUAUGAAGAAGAACAACCCUAGCACCCUUGAAGCUUACAGAAGAAUUGGUAUAAACCGAGAGAUACUGAAGAACUAUUGCUGUGAGAUCUAUAAAAAUGGAACCUAUGUUUAUCAUCCCAAAUCUAUUUGUUCGGGAAAAAUCAUUGAAAAUGCUAUGUUUGUCAAUUUUGAGAACAUCGUUGGAGCCAUUUUGUGGGCUAUAUUACCAUUAAUUAUUAGCUUUGUAUCAAAAGCUAAAUUACCUUCAUAUUCCCGUCAACUCAGUCUGCGACUGUUUGCUCAAGAUGAAUUCUUAUUUACAACUAAAAACACAUUGCCACACGAAUCAGAGUGGAUCAAUGAAAGCAAUAAUAUUUACACAUUCUCUCAUUUUCUGUCUUGGUUGUUUUGCUUUCACCAUUCCACUCUCUUAGCCUCAAGGCUGAGAAGAUUCCUUUGUAUUCUAUUCUCUCUUUCAGUAAUUUUCCUGGAUCUUUUGAUGCAUUACUUCUUUUUGUAUGAAACGAUAGAAAUACUUUUCCAAGAUGGUAUACCAUUGGGACAUCGCGCCUUAAUAUUAGGAAUCCCAGAAAGUUAUGAGAACACUGAUGGCUUUUUUGGGGGUCCGUUUGCAUGCUUAAUCAGUUACGUAUCUUUCAACUUUAUCCUCUUCGUUCUUCCCAGUCGUUUAAGCGAGACUAUCGCUUAUAAUACAUUACAUCAAAGAUCCACUUUCACGUUUCUCAUUCAAAAUAAGAGAUUAUUAGAGAAGUAUGGCAAUUUAAAUGUUUCUACUCUACAGGAUUAUGAUCUACUCUAUGCAAUAAUGAAAGCUAAUAUUUCUACUGCUUUAAACCCAAAUUUCUGGCAUUUAAUAAUUUAUUCUUGGAUUAAUCGUAUAAAGCAAACUUGGUUUUAUUACGAAAAGAAAAAUAUUUUCUGCCAAUUCAUAUUACUUUGGUUUUUCGUUGCCAUUACAAUUCUAUUUGUUGUAUUUUCUAUCUGCGAAUUUUUUCUGUGUCUCCUUUAUUACGGAAUCCCAACUGUUUAUUUGAUUUUAACUUUACCAGCAAGUUAUUUUAGAGUUUAUAUUUUCCCCCAGUAUUUGAAUCCUAACUAUAUUUUCAAGAUUAUUUCUGUAAUUCUAACUAUUCUAUCAUUGCCGUUUUAUCUAUUAUGGGGACUUUAUUCAGUCUAUAUAUUUCUUACAAGUUUUCAAGCCCUUUGCAACUAUGUAUUUUCAAUAGGUAUUGCAGUUCUUGCUAAGCCUGGUACUAUUGGUGAUAUAUGGUUUGCUGUAAUGUUUUUUGUCUAUGGUACUGCAGUUAUAAAAGCUAUUCAGAAACAAUAUGACUCUAUACUUGUUCAGUCUAGAAAUUUAACCAAAACUAUUCGCCCGAAUUUAGUUCAGUCAAAAUACGGAGAGGAAUUCAUAAAUGCCAAGCUGUUCAAGACGAUUGUUAACCAUCAUUUUCCAUUGAGAUACGAGAUUGGUAAAUCCAUUAUAAAACUGUUUCUAAUCGUAUCUUUCUUCUUUGCUUGCAACAAUGUAAUAAAUCGAAAUGACUUGGCCUUAUCAGCAUUCACAAGGAUUACUUUGAUAUUGAUGACGUCUACCAUCCCUCAAUUAUUGUCAAUAAUCAAUGCUAACAUUCAUCUUGACAGUUCCCUUUUAGAUAAAAUUAUUGAAACAAUUAAUGUGUUUAAAGAAUGAAAUAAAUAACGAAGGAUUUUUUUAAUUAAUCAAUAAAAAAUAAAUAAAUAAUAUUUUACUAUUAUUCUUUUGGUUUUUUUUAUUUGUUUCAGCCAUUUGAUUGCGGCCGUGCUUGAGCACCGCCUCUUAGACAAAGAAAUCGACUUUGGGACUUAUUCUUUGUAAGCCUGGUACUUAUUCUGUCUGUCUCUUUUACCGAACCACUAAGUAACGGGGACGUAAACACGCCAACAUAGGUUACCAGGCUAUAGUG